UGACUCUCUCUCGCUCACUUUUUUGCACUCUUUGUGCUUUUUCCUUCUUCUCUGUGCAGAGGAAAGUAGGAGGGGUGGAUAAAAUUGGAUGGCUUUUCUCCAGGAUUCUCUGAGUUGUGUGUUCUGUCACAGGCUGGAGUGAGUGGCACUGCUUCUCUGGAGAGAACACAGUCAGCUCAACGGACAACAGUCUCACAAUUGAGCUCCAGCAAACGAGCUAAUCAGCAUCAUUUCUGCCUGCCCCAUCCAGAACAGUUCCCAGAAAGGAUAUACCAGGAAGAUAAUGACAUAAGAGUUGUCUUUUUGCAGUAAUUUGAAAUUCCAUAGAACGUCUGUGGAAUACAGCACUCUGAAUUCUGUAUUCCAGAGCUGUCCAGCUUUUGUGGACAAUGGGGAAGAGCCGGUUGUUACUGUAUGCACUCUGGGGUGUCAUGGUUUUUGGCCUGUUCCAAAAACUUGAAGCUCAGGAUGCCCCUGAGCCAGCCGACCUUGUACUCUUAAUUGACGGAUCAGAGAGUAUUGGAGCUGCCAACUUCCCCCUCAUCAGUGAUUUGGCUGUCCGAGUGAUUGAGGGGCUUGCCGUGGGCAGGGAUGCAAUCCGUGUAGCCCUUAUGCUUUAUGGUGCCGACCCUGACAUUAAGUUCUAUCUCAAUAGCUAUGACAACAAAGAAAGUGUCCUCAGUGCUAUCCGGGGGCUUAAGUACCCUGGUGGUUAUGAGGCAAAUCUGGGGGCUGCUUUGGAGGAGGUGGCAGACAGUCUAUUGGGCCAAGAUGCAGGAGGCAGGGCUGAGGAAGGGGUACCCCAGGUGCUGGUGGUCAUCAGUGCCGGGGAGUCCACUGAUGAUGUCAGUCAGGGCGAGAGGGCCCUAAAGCAGGCCAAUGUGUACACCUUUGGCAUUGCUGUUGGUGAUUCUGCUACUGCCCAGCUGGAAGCUAUUGCUACAGACAAAAGCUUUCUUCUGUCUGCUCCUGAUGUCAGAACAGUGGCAGGCGAGGGUGACCAGAUACUGCAAUACAUUAAUGGGGUUGUCCAGCGCACCAUUGUGGUUGAAAAUGAGUUCACAGAAGCUUUGGCUGUUGGGAAGAGAGAUAUUGUUUUCCUCAUUGACAGUAGCAUGGGUUCCAUCCUAAUCAAUGCAGUGCGAGAAUUCAUCAAAAGGUUUAUUGACACCAUCCCGAUUGGUCCUGAUCAGGUACAGGUUGGAGUGGCCAUGUUUUCCACAACCCCAAGAAUGGAAAUCAACCUCAACUCUUUCAGUUCAAAGGAAUCACUAACUUCUGCCCUUGCGAAAAUAAAACCCAAAGCUUCGAAUGAAGUCAACAUUGGUGCUGCCUUGGAUUUUGUGAGGACCAACAUGCUCACAGCUGAGAGUGGGAGCCGCAUUAAAGAUCAAGUGCCACAGCUUGUGUUGCUCCUAACCAGUAAAAAAUCCAAAGACAGUGUCCAACAACCAGCUGAUGCCCUUCGUAAAAUGGGUGUUCUGACUUUGGCUGCAGGCUCCAAGGCUGCCGAUAAGGAUGAGCUCGGCGAAAUAGCUUUUGAUGACAGUGUGGUUUUCAUGCUGAAGGACUUUAGGGCAUUGUUGCGUAACCCCAAAGUAAUUAUCUCCCCUCUCUCUACAUUGUCUGGUAUUGUUGUAACAGAGGAUCCAACUGACACAGUUGUGGAUGUUACUACGGUCCACAACCAGAGAGUUGUCCGAGACAUUGUCUUCUUGGUGGAUGGAUCUAACUAUGUUGGAAAUAACCUGCAACCUGUGCUGAAUUUCAUUACCGAAGUGGUGAAAAGACUAGACGUUCGACCUGAGCGAGUGCGUAUUGGACUAAUGCAGUUUGCUGAAACGCAGAAAACAGAGUUUUAUCUGAACACUUACAACACCAAACAGGAUGUGCUCUCUGCCAUCGCUCGGCUGAGUUUGAUGGGAGGACGUGCAUUAAACACUGGUGCAGCCCUACAGUAUGCCCUAGAAAACCACUUUCAGCCCUCCGUUGGGUCUCGUAGGAGAGAGAGGAUCCAGCAGGUACUGGUUUUAAUAACAGGAGGACCAUCUGAAGAUGAGGUCAAGAGGAUUGCAGACAAGGUAGCUUUAGCAGGUGUUUUGACAUUCGCUGUUGGAGCUGGCCAAGUGGAGGAACGUUUCCUGAAAACUGUCGCUUUUGUUGAAGAUUUGGCAUACUACAGAAGAAAUUUUGCUGACUUGUCAAGUGUUGUUGAUGAUAUUAUGACACCACUUGUCACUGUUGUUGGGGAAACUACAGAAUCAGAUCUUGAACCACCAAGUCCCCCUGGAGGAGAAAGGGAUGUUGCAUUCUUAAUUGAUGGCUCUGAUGAUGUGAGAAGUGAUUUUCCCUAUAUCCGUGACUUCAUUUCCAAAGUUAUUGAGCCUCUGGAUAUAGGCUUUAACAAAGUACGAGUUUCUGUGGUCCAGCAUAGUGAGAGACCAAGUCCUAACUUCUACCUGAACACUUAUCAAUCCAAAGAUGAGGUGCUGAGAGCUGUAAGUGGACUCAGUCUGGCAGGUGGAAGAAGUUUAAAUACUGGAGUUGCCUUGACUUUCAUGAAAAACACUAUCUUGUCACCAGCAAAUGGUGGUCGAGCCCGUGAAAAUGUUCCUCAAUUUUUGAUAGUUUUGACUGGGGGGAGAUCAAGAGACAGUGUCAAAGAACCUGCAGUUGCCCUAAAGACUGAGGGAGUUGUUCCUUUUGGUGUUGGAGUGAAAAAUGCUGAUCCUAAACAGAUUGAGGCCAUCUCUCACAAUCCAUCAUUUGCUUUCAAUGUGAAGGAAUUCAGCCAGCUCCACACUGUUCAUGAAAGGCUCAAGAACUAUGUAAACCUUCCAAAUCCAGAACUGAAGGAUUUUCUAGAGAAAGGAAUUAACAAACGGGAUAUAGUUUUUCUCCUUGAUGGCUCAGAUGACGCCAAAAAUGGAUUUCUUGCCAUCCGUGAGUUCAUUCGGAGAAUGGCAGAGGAUCUUGACAUUGACCAGGACAUUGUUCGAGUUGCUGUAAUACAGUACAGCGAAGAUGCUUUGACUCAUUUCCUACUUAAUACUUACAGUAGUAAGAAAGCUAUAAUUUAUGCCAUUAAUGGCUUAAGAGCGAAAGGUGGAAGAAAUCUAAAUACUGGGGCAGCACUACAGUAUGUCAGGGACAAUGUUUUCACUGCUGCUUCUGGAAGUAGACAUCAGCUAGGAGUACCUCAGCUGUUGAUUGUUAUGACUGGUGGAGGGUCCAUUGACGAUGUGGCAGGUCCAGCUGAAGAUCUUAAAAAUAUUGGAGUUCUGUCCUUUGCCAUUGGAAUAAAGAAUGCUGUAGAGGCAGAGCUCCAAAGCAUAGCAUUUUCACCUAGAUUUCAUUUUAAUCUUCCAGCCUUUGCUGAACUUUUAAAUAUACAGCCUGAUAUCCUCUCUUUUAUCAAAUCCAAAAUGGGAAUAGAACCCCCUACUAUCAUUGUUGAAUUGGAUGCAGCUCAAAGAGACAUUGUCUUUAUUCUGGAUGGGUCUGAUGACACCAGGGAUGCAUUUAAACAAAUGUGUCAGUUUGUUCAAAGAGUGGUGGACAAACUCAAUAUUGGGCCAAGCAGAGACAGAGUGUCUGUAGUUCAAUACAGCAGAGAGCCACAGGUGCAUUUUUACCUCAACACACAUGCCACAAAUCAAGACAUUCUCAAUUCAAUUGAGAGUCUGAAACACCAGGGAGGAAGUCCCCUCAACACAGGAAGAGCCCUUGAUUAUACCAAAAAGAACAUAUUAAUUGCCUCUUCUGGGAGCAGAAUUCUAGAGGGGGCUCCUCAGGUGCUUGUGCUUGUGACUGGAGGAAGGUCUUAUGAUGAUGUUAGAGCUCCAGCUGCUGCUCUGAAAAAGGAUCAAAUUGUAACAUUCAGUAUUGGCAAUCAAAAUGCAGAUGUUAUUCAACUCCAGGCAAUUUCAUAUACUCCUGGUCAUACCCUUACUGUUCCUCAGUUUGAUGACCUUCAAACCAUUGAACAAAAACUUUUAUCAUAUGUAAAAAGAGUUCCUCGUCAGCCCAGGAGGCUUCCACAAACUGCAACAGAUGCUGGAAAGAGAGAUGUUGUGUUUUUAAUCGAUGGCACUGAUGAAACAAAGGAAAGUUUCUCAGGAAUGCAGAACUUUGUUCAGACCCUGGUUCAGAAACUGAAUGUGGCACCAAAUAAAGAUCGUAUCUCAGUGGUCCAGUACAGUGAUGAUGCAGCCUUUGAUUUCCUUUUGAAUACAUAUUCCUCAUCAGAUGAUGUUAUAAAUAAUGUGAAACGUUUAAUUCAUAAAGGAGGAAGGCAGCGCCACACUGGGGCAGCCCUACAAUAUGUUAAGGACAACCUGUUUUCUGCGGCUGCCGGAAGUAGACUUUUGGAGGGUGUGCCACAGGUUCUAAUUCUUUUGAACUCUGGAAGGUCCAACGAUGACAUACGUGGUCCAGUCAAAGCUUUGAAAGACACUGGUGUCAUUUCAUUUAGUAUUGGUACCACAAAUGCAGAUACACUUGAGUUACAAACAAUAUCCCAUCAGCCGAACUACUUUUUCAUUUCUGAUUUUGAGAGCAUUCUUGAUGUUCAAGAGAAUAUUUUAGAAUUAAUGAACAAGCUAUCUUUCCAAAGGCUACCAACAAUGACACCUCAAGUCUCUGAAUUUGUCAAAAGGGAUGUUGCAUUUCUUAUUGAUGGAUCUGAUGAUUCUAAAAUUGGUUUUGAGGGAAUUCGCAAUUUUAUCCAGAGGAUAGUUGAGAGUCUAAAUGUGGAGGAAGAUCUUGAUAGGGUGGCAGUUGUUCAGUACAGUCGGGAUCCCACAGCUAAUUUUUAUCUCAGCUCAUACUCAACCAAAAAAGAGGUACUUAAUUCCAUACGAUCUAUGAGGCACAAAAGUGGAAGGCCACUGAAUACUGGAGCUGCUCUACUGUUUAUUAAAGAAAAUAUUUUUACACAAUCCUCUGGGAGCAGACAUCACGAGGGUGUACCUCAGAUUCUGUACUUAUUUAGUGGUGGUAGAUCUGGUGAUGAUGUCAGAACCAUUUCACAAAGUUUAAGAGAAAACGACAUAAAAGUCAUUACAAUUGGCACAAGUAAUUCUGAUACACUUGAGUUACAGACAAUGUCUACAACACCAGCAUAUUCUUUCUCUGUCCCUGACUUCACCUCCAUCAACAGCAUUGUCCAAAGAGUUGCCUCUGUUUUGGCAAGUGGUGAUGAAAUUCCUGAGCAGUUUCCAACUCCUGGGGGCCAGACUCUGGAUGCAGGAAGGAAUAUUGUGUUUCUUAUUGAUGGAUCAGAUGAUGCUAGUGAUAGAUUCACAGCUAUACGAGAUUUUGUGGCCAGUUUGGCAGAGAAAUUUGAUGUUGGUAAAGAAAAAGAUCAAAUUGCUGUUGUGCAGUUCAGUAAUACUGCAGCAAUAAGCUUUAAUCUCAGUAGAUACACAUCCACUUCUGAGGUGGCAGAUGCUGUGCGCAACCUCAAACCAAAAGGGGGAAGGCCGCAAUAUAUUGGCCAGGCUUUGCAGUUUGUUAGAGACAGUAUUUUUACCCCUAGUGUUCAAAGUCAGCAAAAAGGCAGUGCUAGCCAAAAUCUUGUGCUUGUGGCUGGUGGCAGAUCAAGAGAUUCUCCUCGUGGACCAGCUAAUACACUAAAGAGUAUGGGAGUAGCCAUUUUUGCCAUUGGGUCAAGGCUGACUGAUCCUAUUGAAAUGGAAGCCAUUUCUUCGAAGAAAGAUUAUGCCUUUGCUGUUUCUGAUUUUCAUGAUUUAAAAAAUUUACACCAAAUCCUCAUUACAAAACUUAUGGGUGGAAGACAAAAAGGAGACAGAGAAGUUGAUGGCACAGGAUUUAAAAGGGAUAUUGCUUUUCUUUUGGAUGGUUCGGACAGUACAAGAAGAGGAUUUCCAGAAAUACGUGAUUUUCUGUACAAUAUUAUCACAAAUCUCAAUGUGGGAAUUAACAAUGAUAGAAUCGCAAUAAUUCAAUACAGCAAUGUAGCUGUAGCAAAUUUUUAUUUGAAUUCAUUCUUAAGAAAGGAAGAUGUAUUGAAUGCAGUAAAAGUGCUUAGCCAUAAAGGUGGAAGGCCCUUAAACACAGGCUCAGCCCUUCUAUAUGUAAAGGAAAAUAUCUUUAUAAGUGCCUCUGGAAGCAGGCACGAAGAAGGCAUCCCUCAAAUAUUAAUUCUCCUGACUAGUGGAAAAUCAAAGGACAGCAUUUCUGAAGCAGCCUCUGCUUUAAAAAAAAGUGGGGCAAUAAUAUAUGGAAUAGGAGGAAAGUACUCAGACUCUUAUGAAUUACAUACACUUUCUUCUGAAAAUAAAGUGAUUUCAUUGGUUGACUUCAGUGAAUUACCAAAAAUCCAGACACAGCUAUUAGAAGCAAUGAAAGCCUUUCCAAGUUACAACAAAAGUGAAACAAUAGCUGAGCGAAAGAGGGAUGUGGUGUUCCUGCUGGAUGGUUCAGAUGGCACUAGGAGCUCUUUCCCUGCGAUGCGCAACUUUGUUGAAAGAAUGGUGGGGAGACUGAAUGUGUCUGAGAACAGAGACCACGUGUCCGUGGUCCAGUACAGCAGAGAUCCAGAGGCCCAUUUCUAUCUUAACACAUACUCAAGAAAGGAGGACAUUCUUGACACUGUCAGAGGUCUGAGGCACAAAGGAGGGAGACCCCUCAACACAGGGGCAGCUUUGCAGUACGUGAGGGACAAUAUAUUCACUGCCUACUCUGGAAGCAGACGUGUAGAAGGUGUGCCCCAGUUACUGAUUCUGCUGAGUGGUGGAAGGUCUUUUGAUAAUGUUGAUAGACCGGCCUCAUCCCUGAAGGAGCUGGGAGUGCUUAUCUUUGGGAUAGGGUCAAAGAGCUCAGACAGCAGCGAACUCCAGAGGAUCUCCCAUGAGCCGAGUUAUGCACUCUCAGUAAGUGAUUUUGCUGACCUUCCAAGUGUCCAACAGCAGCUGUUCAGCAACAUUGACACAGUAUUUGUAGAGGUCACGUCUACCACUACCACGACGAUAGUUCUAUGGCAAAGCAUCUACUGUGUAAUGCAAUAUGCUGUUUUCCCUAUUCCAUUAUUUUUUCCUUACAAUGUCCCCCAUCUUACCCAUGACUGUUAUUUCUUAGCUGAGGGCCGUAGGCAGAGGAGAGAUGUUGUCUUCCUGCUGGAUGGAUCGGAUGGCACUAGGAAUGGGUUCCCAGCAAUGAAAGAGUUUGUGCAAAGAAUGGUGGAGAGAUUGGACAUAGAUGAGAACAGAGACCGCGUUUCUGUUGUCCAGUACAGUGGAGACACAGAAGUCCAUUUUUAUCUUAACACGUACAUGACAAAGGAAGACAUUCUUGACAGUGUCAGAGGUCUGAGGCACAAAGGAGGCAGACCCCUCUACACGGGGGCCAGUCUCCAGUACGUCAGAGACAAUGUCUUUACUGCCACCUCUGGCAGCAGGCGACUGGAUGGUGUGCCGCAGAUACUGGUUUUGCUUAGUGGGGGAAGGUCAUCUGACAGUGUUGAUGCAGCAGCCUCCUCUCUUAAAGAGCUUGGAGUUUUGACCUUUGGAAUAGGAUCGAGGGGCUCUGAUAGCAGAGAAUUGCAGAGAAUUUCAUCCGACCCCAAUUAUGCCCUGACCGUGUCCGACUUCAGUGAGCUUCCAAAAGUCCAAGAGCAGCUGCUAGCCUCUGUCAAGGCUGUUGCAAUUCCCAUCACUCCAACAUCACCAGCUGUCACCGCUGCUUACACCACAUCCAGAAGGGACGUAGUCUUUCUUCUGGACGGUUCAGAUGGCACUAGGAAUUAUUUCCCAGCUAUGCGUGACUUUGUGCAAAGAGUAGUGGAGAAAUUCAACAUAGAGGCCAACAGAGACCGCGUUUCUGUGGUGCAGUACAGUAGAGAUGCUGAGGUCCAUUUCUAUCUGAACAGCUACAUGACAAAGGAAGACGUUCUUGACCGUGUCAGAGGCCUGAGACACAAAGGAGGCAGACCCCUCAACAUGGGGGCAGCUCUCCAGUACGUCAGAGACAGUGUCUUUACUGCCACCUCUGGCAGCAGGCGGCUGGAGGGUGUGCCGCAGAUACUGGUUUUGUUUAGCGGGGGAAGGUCAUCUGACAGUGUCGAUGCAGCAGCCUCCUCUCUGAAAGAGCAUGGCGUUUUGACCUUUGGAAUAGGAUCGAGGGGCUCUGAUAGCAGAGAAUUGCAGAGAAUUUCAUCCGACCCCAAUUAUGCUCUGACCGUGUCCGACUUCAGUGAGCUUCCAAAAGUCCAAGAGCAGCUGCUAGCCUCUGUCCAGGAUGUUGCAAUGCCUGUCACUCCAACUUCUCCGACUCUGACCGCUGAUGACGCCAUAGCCAGAAAGGACGUAGUGUUCCUGCUGGACGCAUCAGAUGGCACUAGAAAUACUUUCCCAGCGAUGCGUGACUUCGUGCAAAGAUUAGUGGAGCAAUUCAGCAUAGAUGCAAACAGAGACCGUGUUGCCGUGGUGCAGUACAGUAGAGACGCAGAGGUCAAUUUCUAUCUGAAUACCUACACAACAAAGGGGGAGAUCUUGAACUCUGUCAGAGGUCUGAGGCAUAGAGGAGGGAGACCCCUCAACACUGGGGAAGCUCUCCAGUACGUGAGGGACAAUGUCUUCACCGCCUCUGCGGGGAGUAGAAAGCAAGCGGGUGUCCCUCAGAUUCUCAUCCUCCUCAGUGGAGGACGGUCAAGUGAUAACAUAGAUACACCUGCCUCCGCCUUGAAACAGGGAGGGAUCUUGAUUUUUGGUGUCGGCACCAGAAAUUCCAGCAGAGAGGUGCAGAGAAUUGCCAAUGAUCCUACAUAUGCACAGUCCAUCAAUGAAUUCUCUGACCUUCCCAGUGUCCAACAGCAGUUUAUCAGCUCCCUCAACAAUGUGCUUGGUCAAGUCAAGCCGGUGACAACUACUGUGCCGGCUGAGCGAAAGAGGGAUGUGGUGUUCCUGCUGGAUGGUUCGGAUGGCACUAGGAGCUCUUUCCCUGCGAUGCGCGACUUUGUUGAAAGGAUGGUGGGGAGACUUAAUGUGUCUGAGAACAGAGACCGCGUGUCCGUGGUCCAGUACAGCAGAGAUCCAGAGGCCCAUUUCUACCUUAACACAUACUCAAGAAAGGAGGACAUUCUUGACACAGUCAGGGGUCUGAGGCACAAAGGAGGGAGACCCCUCAACACAGGGGCAGCUUUGCAGUACGUGAGGGACAAUAUAUUCACUGCCUCCUCUGGAAGCAGACGUGUAGAAGAAGGUGUGCCCCAGUUACUGAUUCUGCUGAGUGGUGGAAGGUCAUUUGAUAAUGUUGAUAGACCGGCGUCAUCCCUGAAGGAGCUGGGAGUGCUUAUCUUUGGGAUAGGGUCAAGGAGCUCAGACAGCAGCGAACUCCAGAGGAUCUCCCAUGAGCCUAGUUAUGCACUCUCAGUAAGUGAUUUUGCUGACCUUCCAAGUGUCCAACAGCAGCUGUUCAGCAACAUUGACACAGUAUUUGUAGAGGUCACGUCUACCACUACCACGACGAUAGUUAGUUAG